AUGACAGCCGGACCGCCAAACCCCGGUGAUGACGUGCAGCCGCACCCCGAAGACACUGUAGAAACUAUUCUCAAGGCUAUGGAGAAGAAGUCGGAUGACUUCCAAAUGGACGGACAAACCCGGCUGAGCGACAUAGGGUUCGUUCGAGAGGACUUUGAGAAUUUUACCACUUACUGCAAGAACGCGUUCAACGUCGAGCCCACCUUCGAUCGCAGCACACAAGAGAAGUUGGCACAGAGUGGAACCGUGAAAGACUUGGAAGAGAGAGUUAUAGAGGCUGUGAAACAUAGCAAGAAGGGCUCGGUAGGUGAUCGCUGA